GGACGUGUUCAACACGAUGCCCGUGUGCUGCGUGGUGAGCGAGAAGAUCAUUUGCAUGCACGGUGGGCUGAGCCCCGACAUGACUUCACUCGCCACCGUGAACGAAAUAGAGCGUCCGUGUGAUGUGCCCGAUAAGGGUAUUCUGUGUGAUCUGCUCUGGGCUGACCCUGAGGACGAGGUGAGAGGCUUCCUGGAGAGCGACCGGGGCGUGAGCUACCUGUUCGGCGAGGACAUCGUGAGCGACUUUCUAGACAUGGUGGACAUGGACCUCGUGGUGCGUGCGCACCAGGUGAUGGAGCGCGGAUACGGUUUCUUUGCCAACCGGCAGCUGGUGACGAUCUUUUCGGCGCCGAACUACUGCGGCGAGUUUGACAAUGAUGCGGCCGUGAUGAAUGUAGAUGAAAAGCUGCAGUGCUCUUUUCUCAUCAUCCCAGCGAAUAAUUAA